CAUCCGCUUCACGACACAGCGAAAUGAAAAGAAAAAACGUAAACUGUCACUCCGAUCCUCCCGCGUACAACUGGCCGCACUCCUCACAGACGUGUCUGAAAACAAUACGCAUAUAAUUUGCCUGUAAAAAUGGGAACGACGAAAAUGACAUCCUAACCUCUAUUGGACCAACGAAGGACUGGGUUAUAUUGUGAAUUCGUUGCACGAAUAUAAAGAUAAAUUCCUCUAGAUCCGAAACGCAAUAUUGAUGUGAUAAGGUAGUUCUCUGUAAGCAGACAAAACACUUAUUUUACUCACCGCUGUGUCGUGAAGCGGAUGGUCGCCGCCAUUUUGGUUGUGACCGGGGAUAGUUAGGCCGUGACCUACGGUUUAGGUUGGACCCCUUGACGCUGCUCUAUCAAGAAGUACAUUCUUUCACGUGCCAUUUUCAUUCGCUCUCCAAGGAUUCUUAAACGUUGCAUGUAUUUAGCUUAUCGAUUAUUACAUGUCGUAAGACUAAUGGGAUUAGUGUUUGAUGUAGUCCCAUCAACAUUUGAGGAAAACAUUGACAAAAGUCUUCUUCCGAUAGAUUAUGUGCGAGAAACAGCAAAACAGAAGGCUCUGGAGGUGGCUCAGAGGCUGUGUAGUGGAGAGGGUUCACCAGAUUUGAUCAUCAGUGCUGAUACAGUUGUAACACAGGAUAACCAGAUAUUUGAAAAACCAAAAGACUACCAGGAUGCCUACAAUAUGUUAAUGAGAUUCAGUGGCAGAAAGCAUUCUGUAUGUACAGGUGUUACAUUACUCUGUCCUGUGAAUUCUUCAGUUUUUACAGGAUCAAAAAUUGAUGGUUAUGAGGACCUACUGAUGACGCAGUUCCACGAAUCGACUGAUGUAAUAAUGGCUAACUUAACUCCAGAUAUUGUCAAUGCUUACAUAGACACUGGAGAAUGUAGGGAUAAAGCAGGGGGUUAUGGUAUACAAGGGAUUGGAGCAUCCCUUGUGGAAGGUAUCACUGGAGACUUCUAUAAUGUAAUGGGGUUUCCUCUGCACAGAUUCUGUAAAGAAAUGCUAGAAAUAUACAAUAAAAAAUAAUGGAAAUUGUCA